CGGGAGGGAGGCGGGAGGCGCGGCCGCCGCUCCAGCUGCGAGUCCGCCCGCCGCCCGCCGCCGGCUCGGUCCCGCGCCCGCCAUGGCCCGCCUGACGGAGAGCGAGGCGCGCCGGCAGCAGCAGCAGCUCCUGCAGCCGCGGCCCUCGCCCGUGGGCGGCAGCGGCGGCCCCGAGCCCCCCGGGGGGCAGCCCGACGGCAUGAAGGACCUGGACGCCAUCAAACUCUUCGUGGGCCAGAUCCCGCGGCACCUGGACGAGAAGGACCUCAAGCCGCUCUUCGAGCAGUUCGGCCGCAUCUACGAGCUCACGGUGCUCAAAGACCCCUACACGGGGAUGCACAAAGGCUGUGCCUUCCUCACCUACUGUGCCAGGGAUUCCGCCAUCAAAGCUCAGACUGCCCUGCACGAGCAGAAGACCUUGCCCGGAAUGGCGCGGCCAAUCCAGGUGAAACCUGCGGACAGCGAAAGCCGUGGAGGUAGGGACCGGAAGCUGUUCGUGGGGAUGCUGAACAAGCAGCAGUCAGAGGAGGACGUGCUGCGGCUGUUCCAGCCCUUCGGAGUCAUCGACGAAUGCACCGUGCUCCGGGGGCCUGAUGGCAGCAGCAAAGGCUGUGCUUUCGUGAAGUUCUCCUCCCACACGGAGGCUCAGGCGGCCAUCCACGCCUUGCAUGGGAGCCAGACCAUGCCGGGAGCCUCGUCCAGCCUGGUGGUCAAGUUUGCCGACACGGACAAGGAACGGACGCUCCGGCGCAUGCAACAGAUGGUGGGCCAGCUGGGCAUCCUGACGCCCUCCCUCACACUGCCCUUCAGCCCCUACAGUGCCUACGCCCAGGCUCUCAUGCAACAGCAGACAACAGUGCUGUCCACCUCGGGCAGCUACCUGAGUCCCGGCGUGGCCUUCUCACCCUGUCAUAUCCAGCAGAUCGGUGCCGUCAGCCUCAAUGGGCUGCCUGCCACACCCAUCGCUCCUGCCUCUGGGCUGCACUCACCCCCACUGCUGGGCACCACCGCCGUGCCCGGCCUCGUGACUCCCAUCACCAACGGCUUUGCAGGUGUCGUGCCCUUUCCAGGUGGGCACCCUGCCCUGGAAACCGUCUAUGCCAAUGGCCUUGUGCCCUACCCAGCUCAGAGCCCGACUGUGGCCGAGACACUGCAUCCUGCCUUCUCCGGAGUCCAGCAGUACACAGCCAUGUACCCCACCGCGGCCAUCACGCCCAUCGCUCACAGCGUCCCCCAGCCGCCGCCCCUCCUGCAGCAGCAGCAGCGAGAAGGUCCCGAAGGCUGUAACCUGUUUAUCUACCACCUCCCCCAGGAGUUUGGAGACACGGAGCUGACGCAGAUGUUCCUGCCCUUCGGCAAUAUCAUUUCCUCCAAGGUGUUUAUGGAUCGAGCUACCAACCAGAGCAAGUGUUUCGGCUUCGUGAGCUUUGAUAACCCGGCCAGCGCCCAGACAGCCAUCCAGGCCAUGAACGGCUUCCAGAUCGGCAUGAAGAGACUCAAAGUACAGCUGAAGCGGCCCAAAGACCCGGGACACCCCUACUGACCGCGCCCACAGCCGCCCCGAGGCUGUGGGCAUGGCCCAGGUGAGCCGCCAGGCGGCCCCACCCCCACCCCAGCCCCCGCUCCCCCACCCCCUCUUGUCCGAAACCCCCUCCCGCGGCCCGCUUCAUGCUCCAAACCUGCCCCAGGUGGGGUGAUACUUCCAGAGGCUGCAGGAAACCUCCAGGUUGGGUCGGCGGGCACAGAGCUGGACGUAGACACCCCCAAUCCCGCUGUGGUCGGGGCUGGAGUAGGGUACGGACUGAGGGGAGCCCGGGCCCUGCCAGGGCGGUUAGGGAAUCGUUCCCGGAGAAGGCUUUGAGGGAUGAAUAGAAGUUCACCUGAGAGACCAGGUUUGCCCUGGGGUUGGGGGUGCGGUGGGGAGGGCUUCUGUCUGUCCUAUGAAUCUGUUUUCCCUGCCAAAAAACCCCAAACCAGACAAAAAUGUGAAGUGCCACCCCAGACCCCAGACCCGAAGGUCGGACCCCAACUUGGGACCAGGGCUGGAGAGAGGAGGGUGGGGACAGUGCCCAGGGCCUGGUCCCGUUGGCCUUGACACUUUCCAGUCUCCCAGCUCCAUUUCCACCAGUUCCCCUGGGAUGAGCGGCCCCUCACUGGGUGUCAUUCUUACCCAAUGAGUUGAUGGAAAAGUGGAAUUCACGCACCACCCACCAUCACGUAAGAAAAACGAACAAAACACAACCAAACCCAGAGCGGAUUUUGCCACCAAGGCAAACCGCCUUCUCAACAAUUUUUUUUUUGGGGGGGACGAGAUGAACGGUAAACCUUGUGGGGCCGCUGUAGGAACUCAACCCUGGAUCUCAAACCUUAAUGAGCCUCAUCUGUAAAAUGGGCUCAAGAAAGUCAUCUCCCCAGAGGCGGCAGAAACGGUCCAUCUAGGGAACGGAGGUUUCUUUUCACAGCCGAGCCCAGAACCCACCGCCUAAAGAGCCGUGGAUAAUUCGCUGUGAUUUGUUGUUGCUGUGGUUUUAAAUCACCAUCACCAUCAUCAAAGAGCCUUGCCUAGAGCUGGCAGCAUAGAUGCUCAGUUAGAGGCCUUCUGGGUCGGCACACACAGAUUUGGGAGUGUUUAACAGCACAAAACGCGCCUUCGGGAACUGCCAGCCAGAAGCGAAAUCCAAAGCCACUGUCUGUGACCCCUUCACUUUUCACUCUCAGUCUGCCCCCCCUCCCUUUUUUUUUUUUUUUAACUGAGCAUCUAUUAUGUGCUAGGUACUGUCCCAGUGCUCAGGGACGCAGCUGUGAAUGAACAGAAACGGGGACGGUUGGGGGGGGCGGGUGCAGGGGAGAAACUGCCUUCACGGACCUUAGACGGCAGGAAGCAGGGAAGGAGAGACAGAAAACAGACAGAAAUAUCUGUCCCCAGCUGCCAGAGGAGGAGAAAAACGGGCUGGUGAUGGUGACGUUAGGUUCUUUGAAUGCUGGGUUUGUUGGCCUCUGAACUCCGGCCUUUGUGGGAUCUGUUCUUUCGGAAAAGAUGGGAGCCUGUGGGUUCCUAGACCCCAGCCUGGCCAGGGCAAGGCGGGUGGAGCCGGGUGGGGAGGCGGGUGUCCACCUGUGCGGCCCCUAACGCCCAUCCCUUCUCCCCCAGGUGAGGGGCCUUCCCAUCCCAGGAGGGUUUUCCGCUUCCAACCGGUCCAGGACUUUUCCAUAAAUUACAACCGUUCUUUGGACACCAGCCCUUUCUUCCCCUCGCCCCCACCCCCGCCCCCCACUGGAGGCCGCCCGGAGUGGGGAGGGGGCUUUGUGGUCUGUCCUGGGGCAGGGGUCGGGGUGGGGAGAGGCUCCAGAAUCGGGGACAGCAGCGUUCACACACCCCCUGCUUUGGGAAACGCCCUCGCUUCCUCCCCACCUAACUCGGUGACUUCCCCAAAUUAAAUCACCACCUUUCCUAUAUAUAUAUAUAUGCAUAUAUAGAGAGAGAUCUAUAGACGGUAUAUAUAUAUUUUUUGAGUACGGAUCAUGGGACCAAACUUUUCCGACUUCCUUCCAUCCGAGUCGAGUGACCCUGGGCCGGUCACUCAGCGGGGACACAGGAAGGGCUGAGGUUGGUGGGACCCCGGGCAGCAGACAGGUGCCCCUCCCCCCCACCUCCCGGCUGGCACAUCCCACCAGGAAACCCACCAACACAAUAUACCUCCAGGACUUUUGGCAACCCCCCCGCCCGCCCUCCGCCACUGAUUCUCCAGGGCCGUUGAACUCUGAUAGCUUCGACGUCCCUGGUCCCAGCUACCGCCUCCAGGCCCCACCUGGCCCCUUCCUCCCAGAGCCUUCCUGGGUAGGUCAAGGUACAACAGACGCUCUGGCCGGCCGCAGCCCUUCUCUGCUCCCCUCCCUGAGUCAUAGCCUUACUCAUGUGACCAGUAGCCCUUAGCUUUCCGUCGGAGGGGGGGCAGACAGGGUUGGGGGGAGGCUCCCCCUGCCCCUCACCACCCCCUCCCAAGGCCAGGCAGCCAUGGUCCCUGCCUUCGAAUCACCAGCCUCGAAUAUAAGGUCUUGUAACCAGGAUUGCCAAGCGUAGCGGAAGACCCCUACCUGGACUGGCCAAGCACCCCUUUGACCGGAGAUGACGAACUUGAUAAUGACCUUCAUACCUCUACAGAGAUUUUUUUUUUUUUUUUCUUUUUUUUUCCGGUCUUUCUGAGCAGGUACAAAGAAGAAAAGAGAAGAAAAAAAAAAAAAAAUCGGGGGAAAAAAACCCAAUCAAACCGCAAUGAAUUUUGGUUUCCUCGUUGGGAGUGGGGUGGGGGGGGACUUUGUGGGGUGCCUUUGUACAGCUGCCCGAUCCGCGACACCCACGUCAAAGCACAGAAUCAAAUUCGCUUGGACAUCCAGCGAGGCCUCUCACCCAAUGAGGCGCCAGAUAACUUCAUAAGCUCAAAGGAAAAAAAAAAAAAAAAAAAAAAAAAAAAAAAA